AUGGCGUCGCGCCUCCGCUCCUUCACCCGCCCCGCCGCCGCGGCCUUCCUCCGCUCCGCUGCCAGCCGGAGCCCCGCCGCUUCCCUACCCCGCACCCUCGCUCCUGUCCCCAGGGCUUCGGCCUUAGGGCGGCGGAUGGCUCUGGCGCGGUCGCUGCAACCGCUGCACAGCGCGGUCUCGGCGGCCCGGCUGACGUCGCGGCUGGGGGCGGAGGUGGCCCGGGCCGUGUCGCAGGGAUGA